AAAUGAGAGACUUUUCAAUAUGAGAUUGAGAGAAUGCAAAUCCCAACCUACUCGCCAUCUAGAGUACGUUAGGUCGGCAGCAUGCCCGGGGAUCAACUUGUUGACUCAACCCCACAAAUACAACUAGUCAACUACCACUGUAUGACCCACAUUAGUGUUUCUUCCCCACCAUAACAGCAUUCAAUUUGAACUACCAUUGAAUCUUGCUUACAACUUUGAAGUUGUAAGGAAGUGAAGGAGAGAAAGAGAUAUGGCAAAGAAGAAGAUAAGUGAUUUGGGAGUCGACGAUUUUGUAAAGGCCGGCUUAUCAGCGGCUGAAGCCAACCUAUUGAACCAACGGCUGCUCUCACUCUCACUCUCCUCUUCCUCCGAUCCUUGUGACACGUGGCGUCACCUCGUGUCCCGCAGAGUCCUUAAACCCUCACAUCCCUAUCCUCUCCACCAGCUUCUGUAUUAUACCAUUUAUUCUUCUCACCAUUCUUCUUCUCCUCCUCUUUAUUGGUUCCCUUCUCUAGAGCAGGCUACACGCACCAACCUCGGUCGUCUCAUGGAAAUUCACGGUUCUAAGCUUUUGGGAGCAUCCUCCUACAAAGAUCCUAUUACUAGUUUUCCUCUUUUUCAUAAUUUCUCUGUUCAACACCCCGAGGUGUACUGGUCUCUUCUUCUCAAUGAACUUUCUAUUUCCUUUGUUGAACCUCCAAAUUGCAUUUUAGAUACUUCUUCUCACCCUUCAAAAAACGCUGGAACUUGGCUUCCUGGUUCUGUCCUUAAUAUUGCUGAUUGCUGUUUGCAACCCAGCUCCCACCCUAACAAACAGGAUGACAGUAUAGCCAUUGUUUGGAGGAGUGAAGGAUUUGACCACACUGAGGUUAAUCAAAUCACUCUCAAACAACUUCGACACCAAGUCAUGUUGGUGGCGAAUGCAAUAGAUGCCAAUUUCUCAAAGGGUGAUGCAAUUGCAAUUGACAUGCAAAUGACAGUCAAUGCUGUCGUUAUAUAUUUAGCCAUUGUUUUAGCAGGAUGUGUUGUGGUAUCAAUAGCUGAUAGCUUUGCACCGAAAGAAAUUGCAACUCGCCUCCGUGUCUCUAACGCAAAGGGUAUUUUCACACAGGAUUUCAUAUCAGGAGGCGGCAGGAAAAUCCCCUUGUACAGUCGAGUUGUUGAGGCAGCUGCAUGUAAAGCUAUCGUGCUCCCUGUGACAGGUGAUGAUAUAGCAGUGCAAAUAAGGGAACAGGACUUAUCAUGGAAAGAUUUUCUCUCUUCUGGAAGUCAGAGCUCCAGAUCAGAUCAUUACUCUCCAAUCCAUCAAUCUAUCGACUCUGUCACCAAUAUACUAUUCUCAUCUGGAACCACAGGAGAUCCCAAAGCUAUUCCUUGGACUCAACUUGCCCCAAUACGAAGUGCUGCUGAUGGAUGGGCAGCUAUUGAUGUUCAAGCUGGAGAUGUCUACUGUUGGCCUACAAAUUUAGGAUGGGUGAUAGGACCUACUGUAUUAUAUCAUUGCUUUCUAAAUGGUGCAACUCUUGCUUUGUACCAUGGAUCUCCUCAAGGCCAUGGUUUUGGUAAAUUUGUUCAGGAUGCAGGUGUUACCAUUUUGGGAACUGUUCCAAGCUUAGUGAAAACUUGGAAGAGUACUCAAUGUAUGGAGGGCUUGGAUUGGACAAAGAUAAAAUUGUUUUGUUCGUCUGGGGAAACAUCAAAUGUUGAUGAUGAUCUGUGGCUUUCUUCAAAAUCUUAUUACAAUCCAAUCAUUGAAUUAUGUGGAGGAACUGAGCUUGCAUCCAGCUACAUUGCGGGAAGCCCCCUGCAACCUCAAGCUUUUGGAGCAUUCAGCACAGCAUCAAUGACAACUGGCCUUGUCAUUCUUGACGAAAAUGGAGUUCCUUAUCCAGAAAAUGUUCCUUGUGUUGGUGAAGUGGGUUUAUUCCCUCUCUCUCUUGGAGCAUCUGAUAGAUUGCUGAAUGCUGACCAUGAGGAGGUUUACUAUAAGGGAAUGCCCAUGUAUAAAGGAAAGGUUCUUAGGAGACACGGAGAUAUAAUCAAGAGAAUGGCCGGUGGCUACAUCAUUGUACAAGGGAGGGCUGAUGACACCAUGAAUCUUGGUGGAAUAAAGACAAGUUCAGUAGAAAUUGAGCGUGUCUGUGACAGGGCUGACGAAUGCAUUUUGGAGACAGCUGCAGUUGGUGUUGCAACUGUGAAUAGGGGCCCCGAACAAUUGGUUAUAUUUGUAGUUCUAAAGGAAGGAUACAAUUCAAAUGCAGAAACUCUAAGGAUGAAAUUUUCUAAAGCUAUUCAAAGCAACCUCAAUCCUUUGUUUAAGGUAAGCCUUGUGAAAAUAGUUCCCGAGUUUCCUCGAACGUCUUCCAACAAAAUCUUGAGGAGGGUAAUGAGGGAUCAAAUGAAGCACGAACUAUCAGUUCAGAGCAGACUUUAGUGACCCCUAAUAAUCCUCUUCAUGUGGAUAAAUAAGUUAGGGAUGAACAAGACAAUCAAUCCUUUGAUUUGGAAGCUUGAAGAUUAUAGUUUAACUGCAAUAUAGAAUAUAAUAUAUUUUUGCCGGGUGAUGUCUUAGACAUGUAUGCAAAGCUAUGAAAAUAAGCAACACUACUGAAUAUAAUAGUUGUUUAAAUAAAUAUCAUGCAAAAACAAAAAACUUAUUGUAGAACUACAAGUUACAGCAAUUCAUACAAUGUUGUUAUAAACAA